UUGGCCCGCUGUGGCACUCAGCUCUACGUGGCCCUCUCUCUGGGCAGCACUGAGGCCCUCCUCCUGGCCUCCAUGGCUGUUGACCGCUGCCUGGCCAUCUGCCGGCCCCUUCACUAUGUUGCUAUCAUGACUCCAGGUCUUUGUGGGGGUCUGGCAGGCGGUGCCUGGGCUCUAGGCUUCUUGCUGUCUCUGCACAAUGCUGCCGCCGCUGUACACCUUCCUUACUUCUUCGGGCGCCCACCAAUUGACCACUUCUGUGAACUGCCAGCAGUUCUGAGGGUGGCCUGUGCUGACACGGCCCCCAAUCGGGCCCUGGUCUAUGCCACGGGUGUCCCCAUUCUUCUGGGGCCCUUUGGCUGCAUUCUGGCUUCCUAUGGUCUCAUCUCGGCCACUGCCCUGUGCCUCCCCUCUGCCUGGGGCCGCCGCGAAGCUCUCUCCACCUGUGGAGCCCACCUGGCUAUGGUUAGCCUCUUCUAUGGAACCGUGAUGGCCAUGUACCUGAGGCCCAAGGGACCCACCCCAGCUGGGCACCACAAGCUCACAACAGUCUUCUACAUUGUGGUCACUCCACUGCUUAACCUGCUCAUCUACAGUCUGCAGAACAAGGACGUCCACAGGGCCGCCAGGUACGCUAUUGUCCUCCUCAAGGGGAUGAGGGCAGGAGCCAUAGGAUCAUAG